UCCUCGUAUUAAGUCUCACGGUCUCACCACUAUUUCUGGCGCGAAGUAGAUAGGUUGUGAAGACUGAAGUCUAUUAAGCCAGAAUUUCCUGCACUUGGAUCACCAUCUCUGAGUUAUUAAAGUUUUGUAUCUUGUUUCAUCUUCACUAAUCCAUUUAGAUUAAAUUAGACACAGGAGGGUUCUUGAACAUGCCAUGGCUUUCACGAAUCUCCUUCGUCUUCUUACUUACCUGUCUAUAGGCAUCACUCUUAGCAAUGGCCAGACAUGUUACGAUACGGGAAACUUCACAACUAACAGUGUUUAUGGCAAGAACCGCAACCUUAUCCUUUCAAAUCUUGCUUCUAAUGUAUCAACAAAUGGGGGUUUUUAUACUGCUACUAUUGGCCAAGACACCAACGAAGUUUAUGCUCUUGCACUUUGCAGAGGUGAUUCUUCUUCAGAAACUUGUUUCAGCUGUGUCAAUACCACAACCCAUGAUCUUAUAACCAAAUGUCCCAACCAAAAAGAAGCAAUUUCAUGGGCAGCAGGUCCUCGAUGCACUGUACGCUAUGCAGACCGGUCUUUUAUUGGAUUACUGGAGACGGAUCCUAGCGAUGCUGGCUAUAAUGUGAAUAAUAUCACUACGAAUUUGACACAGUUUGAUCAGACCUGGGAAAGUUUAAUGGAUCGUGUGGUUACAAAAGCCUCUAUGGGUUCUUUUAAGCUCAAAUUUGCCACUGAAGAAGUUAAUUUGACUUUCUUUCAGAAGAUAUACGCCUUAAUGCAGUGUACUCCAGACUUAUCCCGGAGUAAUUGCGACUCUUGCCUUCGUCAAUCUGUAUCUUACUUCGAGACCUGCUGUCAUGGGAAGCAAGGAGGUUACGUUCUGAGGCCUAGCUGUAUUUUUCGCUGGGAUUUGUAUCCCUUUUAUGAAUCAACUGAAGCUCCAUCUCCAUCUCCGUCUCCUCCACUACCACCCAGAAUUUCUCCUCCACAGAUAACUAAUACCCCACCUAACAAAGGAGGCAUUGCAUCUGUAGUUGUGGGAAUUAUUAUUGUCUCUAUAAUUAUCAUCAUAUCACUACUAGUCGCUUUAACUUAUGUCUUUUUAAAGAGGAGGAGAAAGGCAAAGGGCGAGAUAAGAAGAAAGCAAGAGCUAAAAGGUUAGUCAUUUAUGCAUUGUUUUUUAUGUUAAGGGUUAUCAAAUCUAAGGGUGAAAUUUCAAGCUAGAAUUUUGUUUUAAUCUGGCUGCUUCUAUUAACUCUGAUAUAAUAGCUGCAAUUAACAGAAGAAAGGAAUUAGUACUG